CAGGCCGGCCCCACGCGCGGGCAGCCACGCGGCCACACGGACACGUCGGCGCCAUGAGUCACGUGGACGUCAACAAGUUGAAGCCCAGCAACUUCGAGGCGCAGUACUACGACCGGUACGACUUCUACAACCUCAGCGACAAGUACACAGAGGGGGCGUCGCGCAAGGGCCGCACCAAGAAGGAGGCCAGCGACAACACCAACCGGCCCAACCCCACCGGACACGAGCGCAAGGCCGCCGAGAAACUGCAGAAGAACAAAAGCAAAGCCUGAACGCAAAAGGACCUCUCUGACGGCUCGACCGGACCCGACCAGCGACGACGUCGGCCGCGUGCGACGACCCCCGACCCCCGACCCCCGCGGCGGCGGCGCGCUGGCGUGACGGGCGUGGUCGAGGCAAUGUGCCGACUUGAUGUUUUUUGCAAUAAAGUUUCCAAAACGCAACAAUAAAUAUGACGUGAGCAACACCGCCCUCUGUUGGCCUGGCCGUCAACUGACUGACGGGCUCUUGAGCCUCAUUUAUGACGUUCGCCAACUUUUUGUGAACGGCGGAGGAGACCUGGUCGAAGCAACCGGCGACAAUGUCUAUUUUUAAACACAAGAUGUCACCAAAGAGACAAUAAAGAUGACUAUUCAAUGUUGA